AUGGGGCAAUCACCACCUUCGGAAGAAUACAACAGCGAUCAGAUAGGAACGCCUUUUCUUCAAGGCAACGCCGAUUUUGGACUGCAUCAUCCGACACCGAAAAUCUAUUGCCCAACAGCAAAGAAACACGCGAACCCUGGUGAUAUUUUGCUAUCAGUCCGCGCACCUGUCGGGGCAAUCAACAUCGCAAAUCAAGAAUACGGGAUUGGUCGCGGUUUAUGUGCAAUACGCCCUCGAACGAAUCAAUUUGAACGCCGUUAUGCUAAGUAUUUGCUUGAGGUUGUCCGUACCGAGUUACAUGUCAUUGCGACUGGCAGCACUUACGAGGCUGUUACAGUAGAUGAGGUUUCUAACCUCACUUGCAUUGUGCCACGCCUCUCUGAGCAGAUCCAAAUAGCUAACUUCCUUGACCGGAAGACGGGACAGAUUGACGAGCUCAUCCGCAUCAAAGAACGACGGAUAGAACUGCUGCAAGCACAACGCACCGCACUGAUAAAUCAGGCAGUGACAAAGGGGCUUGACCCGAAUGUGGAGAUGAAACCGUCGGGGGUGGAGUGGAUUGGGGAGAUACCGAGGCACUGGAAUCUGUCUAUGUUGAAGUAUACAGCUCGUUUAGUUUAUGGUCUGAAUCGUGAGUCCGCAGAAGGUCAAUAUGUCCCUCUAAUCACGGCAGAGGAACAAACCCAAAUCGCCAACUUCCUUGACCACAAAACCGAACAGAUUGACGAACUGAUAUCCACGGAGCAUCGAAAGAUCGAACUCCUCAAAGAAUACCGUCAAUCCCUUAUCUCCGAAGCAGUGACCGGCAAAAUAGAUGUCCGAAACGAGGUGUAG